AUGCUUGAUCCAAAUAUUAUGUGUGAAAAUUGGAAAACAAUAUUUCUGUCGGUUGCAGAUUUUCAUGCACCAGAAAGAACAAAAAAAGUUAGACGCGAGUACGCGCCAUGGAUUACAGAAAAUUUUAAACAAACUAUGCGUCGAAGAGACUUUUUAAAGAAAAAAGCAGUUAAGACAGGAUCAAAACAUUUCCAUGAUGCUUAUAAACGCACACGAAAUGAUUUGAAUAGAUUAAUUAAGAAUACAAAAGCAAUUUACUUUACAAAUACUUUAAAUGACUGUGAUAACAACCCAAAGAAAAUGUGGAAAACAAUUAAUAAACUUACAAACAAACAGUCAAAAACAACUGUUAUAUCUGAAAUCCAGAACGAUAAUCAAAAUUUGACUAAAAAACAUGAAAUUGCAGAUGCUUUAAAUUCACAUUUCAACGAAGUUGCAUCUCGUUUGGUUAAUAACAUGCCACAGAGCUCAAGAACAUUUGAGUCAUACGUGACUAGGUCCGAUACACAAUUUACGAUACAAAAUGUUUCAUUAACUAAGGUAUAUAAGUUGCUCUCUACAAUUAAAACAUCCAAAUCAGCAGGGCAUGAUAGAAUAACCGGUAAACUUCUAAGAGACGCUGCUGAAGUAAUAGCACCAUCCCUGUCAGCAAUCUUUAACGCAUCUAUAAACACUGGUAUAUUUCCUGAAGACUUCAAGAUUGCUAUCAUUUCUCCAAUUCAUAAGGCUGGAAGCAAAACUAAUUGCGAUAAUUAUAGACCAAUCUCGGUUCUAUCCUCAGUUGCUAAAAUAUAUGAGAAAUUAGUUACAGAGCAACUAGAAAUUUAUCUUGAAACUAAUCACAUUCUUGCAGAACAACAAGCAGGAUUUAGGAAAAAUCACUCUACACAAACUUCUCUACUUAACAUCACGAACCAAUGGCUAAUGAAUAUGGAUAAGGGUUUGUUAAAUGGAGUGAUUUUUUUGGAUCUCAAGAAAGCGUUUGACUGUGUUGAUCAUAAUAUAUUGUUAAAAAAAAUGCAUUAUUAUGGAAUAAGAGGUCAUACGCUUGCUUGGUUCCAGUCCUAUCUUUCUAGCAGGAUUCAAAUAUGUAAGGUAGAUCAAACAAUGUCCAAGACAAGAACAGUUAAAUGUGGAAUACCCCAAGGUUCUAAUCUUGGGCCACUUCAUUUCUUAUUAUACAUAAACGACCUGCCAAACUGCCUGACCUCAUCUUCAGCAAGCAUGUUUGCCGAUGACACAAAUGUUUCAACCAAUGGCAAAACAAAUGACGAACUACAAGAACGCAUUAACGUGGACUUAGAAAAUAUACACCAAUGGUUACUUGCAAACAAACUUACACUUAACAAAGAUAAAACUGAAUACAUGAUUAUUGGUUCAAGACAACGAAUUUCAAACUUAGUACUAACGGACCCUAAAAUUGAGCUUGGUGAAUCAGUCAUUAAACGGGUUCACAAAUCAAAAACUUUAGGCGUAAUUAUUGAUGAACAUCUUUUAUGGAAUCAUCAAAUCCAAAAUAUUGUCACAAAAGCUUCAAAAGGAAUAGGAAUGA